AUGAUAAAUAUUGGCAAUACUAUUAAAAAGAAACAUUUGCCUAAGAAAGAAAAAAAGCAUGCCUCUGAAAAUUUGCUAAGUAAACAUAAAAUAGAAAAUAAUGUUUUUUGUAGGAACAAUAAACUUCAAAAAGACCAUCUAGAAAUAAAGAAUAAAAAUAGAAAUAUAGACCACCAAUUCCAGCCUGUAAAAACUAAUAAAACACAUAGUAUUAAUAAAAAUGUUAUAAGUAAUAAAAUAAACAAUGAAAGGUUGUAUAUGAAAAAAGAAGAUCAUGAAACUUUUCAUAUGAAUGCUAAAUUAAGACAAAAAGGUACAAAUAAUAUAUUAAUAGGUUCAAAUGCUACUACAACAAAUUUUAACAAUACCCCUAUUACUAGUAACGCCCCCAAAUGUGCGUCUAAAAAAAGAAUAUGCAAGCACAUUCCUAUAAAUAAAAAACUAAAUCCCAAUAAAGAAAAAUUUGAAGCAGAUGCAAAUAAUCCACAAAGCAAUUUUGGUAACUUUCCCCAAUUUUUAAGAGAAUUUGAAAAAAUAAAAAGAAAUUCCCCAAUUGAACAUAGUAAUAUGCAUAAAAACGUAGGAAAAGGUAAAAAAAAUGAAAUAUAUAAGACCAAGAAAAAUUGUCAAAGCUUACAAAAUAAUCCCAAUAGUGAAAUUUUUCAAAAUAGUAGAAAUCAUUAUAUAGAUGGUAUUUUUCAUAAAAUCGAAAAAUUAAAAAGGGAUAACUAUCCUAUUAUGGCACCAUCAAAUUUUAAAAAUAAAUUAAUCAGCAAUCAUUCAUUAAAAUAUAAAUAUACCAAGGAAUGGAAUGAGGAAGAAAACAAAAAUAAUAAUAAUGUACAACGGGAUGAAUUUGAAAAAGACGAAGAAAAUAGUUCUAAUAAAGAUACCUAUUCAAGAUAUAAAAAGAGAAAAAACAUUCAAAGUGAAAAAUAUGAUCAAAAGUUAACACUAAGCAAUAUAAUAUUGAAAAAAAAAUGGAUCAAUUCAGAUAUUAUUGAAAGAAUUAUAUCCGAAAAUAGUCAACCUGAUGAACAGAUAAAAAAAAAUCCAAACGAAAAUAUUCCAAAAAAUAAUACCCCAAUAAUAGAAGUUUCACAAUGGAAAAAAAUUCCUGAUGAAAUAUCCCAAUCAAGGGACCCUCUCAUAGAUACAUCUAAUUUUGGAGAAGCAUUACAUGGGCCAACAAAAUGUGCCGCUUCUUCCAACCCUUCAUAUAAAUUAUCAGACAAAUAUUCCGAGACACUUUCAACAAGAUUAGAGUGGGAUGAAAAUAAAAUUUUGAAAAAUGAGGAAACUAUGAAAAACCAAAACGAAUUAGACAAGGUUGAAGAACAUGAUUAUGCAGUUAGAAAUACUUCGACCACGCCUACGUAUAGACAAUAUAAAAUAAUAAUCGUAAAAAGCAAUAACAUAGAAGUAGGAAACUACAUAAUAAUAAAAAAUAUAGGGAAAGGUACAUUUGGAAAAGUGUGUCUAGGAAUGCAUACAUAUGCAUAUGAAAUAGUUGCAAUAAAAAUAUUAAAUAAGAAAAAAUUAUUACGUAUAAUUAGUUAUGAUAAAAUAUUAAGGGAAAUAAAAAUCCAUAAAAAAAUAAAUCAUAAUCAUAUAUGCCGUUUUUAUGAAGUACAUGAAAAUAAAAAUAAUAUAUAUAUGAUAUUAGAAUAUUUAGGAAAUGGAGAUUUGCUGACAUAUAUAUGUAAAAAUAGUAAUAUAAAUGAAAGCAUUGCGAAAAGGAUAUUAUACCAAUUAAUAAGUGCCAUAGAAUAUUUACAUAAAAUAAAUAUAGUACAUAGAGAUUUAAAACCAGAAAAUAUAUUACUGGAUCAUAAUAAUAAUAUUAAAUUAAUUGAUUUUGGUUUAUCAACAAUAUAUAGUAAAAACAGUUGUUUACAAACAUCAUGUGGGUCCCCUUUUUAUACACCUCCAGAAAUACUAUUAGGAAAGAAAUACAAUCCUGAAUUAACAGAUGUUUGGUCUUUAGGUAUAAUCCUUUUUUUGUUACUCAAUAAAAAAUUACCAUUUAAUCAUAAUGAUAUAAACAAACUAUUUCAACAAAUUAUAAAAGGCUUAAUGCAAUUUGAACCGUAUGUGUCCAUAAACGCAAAAAAUCUUAUUCAAAAUAUGCUCAAUGUAAAUUGUAAAAAUAGAUAUAAUAUAAAUCAGAUCAAAAAUCAUAUUUGGUUUUCUAACUAUAAUGCUAAAAAGUAUGCCCACUUAAAUUACAAUAAAGCAUGCAAUUUAAUGGAUUGUAAUACUUGCACAUAUAUACAUAUAAUUAAAGCCAGUAAAUAUUAUAACAAUUUUUUAAUUAAUAGAGUAAAUAAAAUAUACAACUUAGAUAAAUCUAUGAUAUUAAACGAAUUAAAAAAUGAAGAACAAAAUUGUAUUAAAACAACAUAUUAUCUUUUGUUGAACAAAAUGGUUAAAAUCUUAUCAAAAACUAAUUACUUAUAUUCGCAUUAUAUUUUUAUAAAAAAAGAAACAGAUUCAGAAAUCUUAAUUUCUGAUGAUGAUUCUCGAUCUAUUAGUCUAAAAGACAAUAAUGAGUUCCCUAAUUUUAUACCAUUUAAUAAUUUUGAUAACUUAGGAACGUUCGAUUUUUUGGAUCUUUCAAAAAUUAAAAAUCAUGCUAAUCAAAUGAAAAAUCAAAGCAAUGGAAUUAGUGGAGAUACAGAACAAAUUAAUGCACAUAGUUUAUUACUAUUGCAAAGAAAUGAAAAAUAUAGUUUAUUUCAUAUAAAUAAAACACAAACACCAACAAAUUGCUACCAUUAUAAACAACCUAAAUGUAGAUUAAUAAAAAAUCAAAGAAAAGCUUCGUUAUUUUCUGGCAAACAAGUUAGUAGCAACUAUCCUAAAAAAUGUAUUAUUAACCCCAAUAAAGUACUUAAAGAAAAUAUUGAUAAAAAAAUUAACAAAAGAUAG